CUGUUCCAUUCCUACACAUUGCACUUUUCUUCUUUAAUGGAGCGCGUGCCUCUCCCUCUCUACGUAAGCCUCUGGGAACUCGGUAAAGGAAAACUUUUUUUCGGGGGAAAAACGCUGCCGUGCUACGCGCAUGGAUGGACACACGGCCUUCCGUUGAACGAAGGAGGGAAGAAAACUGUCGAGACUCCAAGGGAUCGUGGCGAAAACUAGAGCAAAAGUGAAGCGAUUUCUUUGGGGGUGUUUUUUUGUUGUUCUUUGAGCGCAAAAGAGAAAGUUUUGAACCGGAGGAAACCGGAGCAACGCAGAGAAACGGGUUUACCGGUGACACUUAUUUUCAUUUUUGAAUUCCUCCCCCAACCUCCACGACACAGGGAUAUAACACUAAAUGGGUGUUAAUCCGCGCUCAGGUUAAUGUUUUGAGCGAGAAGUAAAAAAAAAAGUUGCUUUUUGUUUUAAAUAAUAGUAAUAAUAAUAAUCCGGAUAAAAAAUUAUGGCAAAGAAAUACGACUUCCUCUUUAAAUUGCUGCUGAUUGGUGAUAGCGGAGUGGGAAAAACAUGUCUGAUCAUCCGGUUUGCAGAGGAUAAUUUCAAUUCCACAUACAUAUCAACUAUCGGUAUUGACUUUAAAGUGAAGACCAUCGAGGUCGAGGGGAAGAAAGUCAAGUUGCAAGUCUGGGACACAGCAGGACAGGAGAGAUUUAAGACCAUCACUACAGCGUAUUACAGAGGAGCUAUGGGGAUCAUCCUUGUGUAUGAUAUUACUGACGAGAAAUCCUUUGAGAACAUUCAAAACUGGAUGAAGAGUAUCAAGGAGAAUGCAUCAGCAGGAGUGAGUCGAAUGCUGCUGGGCAAUAAGUGUGACAUCGAAGCCAAGAGAAAGGUGUCUCAGGAGAUGGGGGAGAAGCUCGCAAAGGACCAUGGGAUUCGGUUCUUUGAGACAAGCGCAAAGUCAAGCAUCAACGUUGAGGAGUCUUUCCUUUCUCUGGCUCGAGAUAUAUUAAUGAAAUCCAGCAUGAAACCGGGCUCAUCCGGCCGUGAAGUCAGACUCACCAGCCCCAACCCGGAGAAAAAGACAUCCAAGUGUCUUCUGUUGUAAACAAAUCACCAACAGACAUCAUCCAGACCCAGAACACUCCUACAACGCAUCAGUAUUACACACAUAGGAAACGCUAAGUAACGGGACGUUGUGAAAACGUUUAAACAAAAGGUACAAAAUAACCCAAAAAAUAAAAUACCAAAUGAUAAUCCAGGCAUAGGUUUGAGGUUUUUUUGUAGAUUCGCUGUAACGAGUUCAUCACGUUAUAAUAGCGGGUCAUUCUGUAGUCGGGUUCGAGGUAUGCAACGUUUUGACAUUUUUAACUUUUAUAUUUCAGCUGGAGUUCAAGUUCAGGUAUAAGUACGAACGCUUAGGUAAAACGCUGUGGGAAUCUCUCCUCCCAGAUGCAAGCUUUAGUGCGCUCGAUUUUAUCUGUUGCACCAUUUUUUUUUUUUUUUUUUUUAUCGCCCAUAAAUUAGGCAAGUCCUGGAAUAUGACUUAGUGGUGACAAGAAUUGUGUUGAAAGCAUAAUCAGUGAUUUCAUUCUGACUCACUGGUCUGUGAGUGCACGAGUGCAGGGGGUGAUGGGUAAAACCUAGAGUAGAUUUCUGGGCCGGAAAGCAUUUGCCCUCGGCAGCAGCGAGAAGUACGGUUAAAAUUGUUUGCCAUUUUGUACAGUCUGUUUCCCUUCCACAUAUUUUUUAUAGGGAUUUUAAUGCUUCUGUUUAUAAACAGCAUCAUUUAAUGUUUUUUCUUCUUUUUUUUUUUUCCGCUGUUUCGGAAAUAAAAUUGCAUCACACCAAU